AUGGCGACAACGGAGAUCACGCCAUCGCCUGAACAAGUGCACUCGAAAGGGGAAGAUUUGGACGUCUUGAAACUGAAUUCACAGCGUGGACAUGCGGAUGAUGCAAAAGAGGUGGAUGUCUCCAAGAUCAGCUCAGAACGUCAACCCUCUGUGCCCAACGAAAACACGUCCUCAGCUCCAACACGAGAGAAACAUACCCAUCAAGUAAAAGAAGAGGUGUCCUCCUCCAUCGCUGAGAAAGAACUUAAGAUAAAAAGCAAGGCUGCCAAUCGUGGGAAGCCUGCCUAUGACCGCAAGGUUAAAGGAAAACAGACGGGAGCUAGUCCACAAGGCUCCGCUCUUGGUUUCUCCACCGACGAGCAACCUGCCGCGGCUGGACCGCGAAACCUUCACAUUAAAGAUCACGUAGUGGUGUGUUCGGAGCAUGAAUCAGAACACACCUACGCGUACCGAGAGGCUGAAGAAGUCAGCGAGGGGUAUGAGGAAGAAGAUAAUUGCUCUCACGACUACAACAAACCGGAGGAUGUGUACCGGUACAAAGUGCCUGAGGAAGUAAGCAAGGCGGUUGUUGAGGAGUCUUGUUCUGACGACAAACCAGAGGAUCCUCACGGGCACAAAGAUUCUGAGGACGUCAGUUUUGCAUACAGGGCUAAAGCCUCAGCUAGAUGCGCCAGCUGGACGGGAUGGUUCGAUCGUGACGACCCCACGGGGCCCGGCACCGGGGACUGGGAAACCCUGACCGGACUCCGCAAAGAGAACCCCGGGAGAAUCUGCCGCGCGCCGACAGACAUCCAGGCCCGCGUCAUCAGCACCGGGCAGGACGCGUCACUGACGGGAGAACAGUUCGCCUUCUAUGAUACAACAAAAGGCCUCGUCUGUAGGAAUGAAGACCAAAAAGACAGCACGUGUCUGGAUUAUGGAGCCCGUUUCUGCUGCCCGGAUGGUGCCAAACUUUGUCAACAUGGAUGGACGGAACACAACAGCCACUGCUACAAGUUUAUGACAGACCAUGUCAGAUGGUCUGAUGCACACUCAAUGUGUGGGAAAUAUGGUGCAGGUUUGGCGUCUAUCACAAGUCAGGAGGAGAAUGACUUCAUUCAAAGUCUCAUCUCAAAAUCCCCUAGCCAAGAGGUGUGGAUUGGACUUCGUAAAGAUGGAGAAUCUUGGACGUGGUGUGAUGGGUCCCCAGUCACCUACAGUAACUGGAACCCUGGUGAACCUAACAACGCCGUCGGCUGGAUCCUUGCUACAGAGGCGUGUGUUGCGAUGUACUCCAAGACAAGAAAGACUGAAGUAACAAGUGACAGGUCACUGCUGAAGAAACUAACACUCGUCUACGUGUUGCAUUUCCCAGAGUGGCAGAGGAGGAAAAUGGAAUGACAGGCGAUGCCGGAAGAAAUGGCCUUACCUUUGCAAGAAACCAUAACAAGAUAGGCAAUAAAAACUUUAUUACAACGAGAAUCUCUGAAUAGAGGUGAAUAUUUUCCAAGACAACUUAAACCGGGAAUCAACCGGAAGUUUCUGUCAAGAAGAUUUUUCCUAGUUCAUCCUUUGAUCCAGUAAUGGAGAGUCAUUCGUAUGCUGGUUUUGCAGCCAGCAGAUUCUUGACUUUGAAAAAUGUUUACCGUCCAAUCUUGACACAUACAGUUCCUGGGAACAUUCCCAGAAUUAAUCUGUGGACUUGCAGUCCUUUAGAAAAACAAAUCUGUUCAAUUCCUAAAAAUCAUGAGGACUAACAUUCCAUGCAUUCCAGUGGACUAGCAUUCCUGUGGACAAAAUUCCUGUACAAGUCCUAGAAUUCCUGGGGACUAACAUUCCCAACAUUUCAGUGGACUAGCAUUCCUGUAUACAAAAUCCCUGUAGAAUUCCAGAAUACUUGUGAACAAAUCAUUCCACACAUUCCUAUGGACUGUCUAGCAUUCCUGUGGACAAAAUGUACACUUACUAGAAUUCUUGCAGACUGCACAAAAUACUAUACUUUACUUAGGCUUGCCCCUGAGGCGUCGCCAAAAUGGUGAUUUCUAUUGGAUUUAAAAGAUGAAUACUGGUGCAAUGUGCGUUGACCUCAGCGACAGCAAACUAGUCAUAGAUUCAUUUGGCCCCACAGAGGCAUCGUCUUUAUUGUGAACCAACACAUGAGAAUGUUGAAUCCAACCUUGCACUCAAACACUUAGAAAGGUUGACGAAAAUCACUAUGUAGAACACAGUCAGCAUUUGGUCUAGAAGGUGUAAAAGGUCACUGUAAAGUCAUAGGCGACUUUAAAUUUGUCUGCUUUGAUAAACAGAUUUUUUUUAUAGUUUGUAAUACAUGGCAUUUAUUUCCGAGAAAUACAAGAGAAAAGAAGUACAGAAUUCAAUAUUUGGUAGUGGUGACUGGCUCUAAGGCUCUUUGUAUAUUUUACAUGGAACUAUUUGAACUAUUUCGUUUGCGAAGCAAAGCCGAGUGAUCCGUUCUGUACACUACGUGUACGUAUCUUAGACUACUAUACUCACUAGAGGCAGUUUAGUUCAGUUUAUAAAGCUAUUGUUUCAAAGCAUUUUGCACAUUCUUAGUAGCAAAUAUAUCAAACUAACACCUGGUAAUGGACAUUGUACCAAACUAAUCCAAGUAGGUUCAUGCGAGGAGGUUUGUUUCAUGUAAAGCACACUAUUGCAUGAAUAACUGAAAACUACAUAAUGAUACUGAACGUUAUAAAACUUAUAGGUGUUAAGGUAAGAGAU